AUGGCGAGCGGAAACACUAGGCCCACCAUAGCCGCCUCUCCGGAAAUUGCUGUACUUGACGUUACACCUCCACGAAGUGCUGCUGUCACUGCUGUCGCGGAUGAGUCUGCACCAGCGAGAAAUGCGGGGAAUGACCUAGGAAGAGGGCCAUCAACUACUUGUGCAUGCACAGUAACCGAGGCCAAUGCUGUGGGGGUGCUGGAACGGCCGACAGGGCAAAAAAGUCAAGACUCCCCGAGUUCGGCAGUAUGGCUCCACAGCUCUUCAACGCCACAUGGGCACUACGGGAGCAGCAGCAAGAGCAGCAGCACUGGUGACGACAGCGGCAGCGUAUUGCUUGCAUUUGCAACAGCAACGGAGUCUUGCUCAAUUCCGUCAACAGAGAUGAGCUACGACAUGGAGAGCAGUGCUAACAACAACAGGAAGAGCAACAUGGUCGAGAGUAGCAGCAGCAGCUCCAGCAGCGGCGCACAAAGCAGCAAUGGCAACAACAGCAGUAGCGGCAGCAGCAGCACAAGUAGCGGCAACACUACGAACAGCGGCAGCGGGAAGCCCGGGCGUUACGGCGUCCCUCCAGGAGACGAAUCUAUGAACUCUUUGCGUCGCCACGUUGAGUUGCUGGUGGACCGCGAAGUGAAUACCCGGACGCGCAGCCGCCUAGAGGCGUGUCUUGACGCCCUCGAGCCCCAGAUUGUGGACCUGCACCUGCUGCGGGUGGUCUGCGCAAAGGGGCUGCCCGAGGGCUGUGCUGCGCUUCGGUCGAUAUACUGGCGCCUCCUCCUCAACUGUUUGCCCCCCAAUCCGGCUGACUGGCAGCAGCGCCGCUGCAAACUCCGGGAGGCGUACGAGUCCUACAAAGCGGAGUUCAUUCGCGAGCCCGAGGCGGUGCGCCGCUUGCGACGCAUGCAGCAACAGCAGAGGCAGGAUGGGGAGGAUGGAACAGGUGAAGCUAAAUGGAACAAGCCUUUUCCUGCUACGGCUGCCGCGGCCUUUGGUGAAGGCUACACUACAGCCCCUUGCGACAGCCGACUUCCCGGCUGUGAGGUCUCCACGGACGGCGGCGGUCGCCUCCAGUCGGACUCCUCCAUCCCCUUAGCAGCUGUUAAGGACCAUCCUCUAUGCCGCAGUGCAACCAGCGAAUGGCGCGGAUAUUGGGUGGACGCUGAAGUGUUUGAUCAGAUCAACAAAGACGUCUUCAGAACGCGCCCGGAACUGUGCUUCUUUGCUCUUAACCCGCAGCAAACUAUCGCGCGGCAGCAGCAGCUCCAUCUUUACCCGCCUCCGCCCACCCGGCACACGCAGUCCCAGCAACAACAACAGAACGAGCAUGUUCCCCGCCUUGUCAACUACGAUCUCAUACUACAGCACCAGCAGCAACCUCAGCAGCAGCUGCAACAUCAACAACCACCUACUCGUGCUGCACCCAACCCUGCUGAGGAAGGUACUUGUGCCAGCAGCAAACACAAAGCCGGCGGCGGCAGCCACAGCAGGAGCUUUAAUAGCACGUCGUCUCCGCUUAGGGGUUUUCGCCUUCCCUCCGCAUUUCGCUCCAAGAAGAAGCUCGUGUCUGCCACCGUCCCAGCGAACCCAGAUGAAAGCGUGUGCAACAGCGGCAGUGGGGGGAGCGGCGGUCGGGGGACCUGCAGUGGAAGCGGUGGGAGUGGCCGCAGCAGCAGUUCGUUGCAUGCAGGAGUAGGAGGCCGCUGCAGCUCACCACAGCAGAAUGCAAAGGAGAGGGCUGUCCCAGGCGGCGGCGGCCAGACAAGGAUAUGUUCAUCCUCUCCACCAGAGCGUGUGCUGCCUGGAUGCGUCCGAAGCCGAAACAGGCAGUCUCCUGACGCGGCGGAUCCCAUGAAGGUCUCUGCAGCUACGGAGCAGGACGAUCAUUUGCUCAAGAGACAAAUGGGCGCUGCAAAAAGCAGGGCGGAACGCAGGAAUGCCAGCGUGAACAGUAACUGCAGCAAUGACAGCAGCAACAGCGGCGGCAGGUCAUGUCUAGACCCACGUCUGCCGUCAGGGAAAUCUUGCGAACCUGAGCCUGUUCGAGGACCUGGAAAGGCAGAACAACUGCCGCAAAACCUUCCAGCGAAUUUCGGUGCAGCUGCUGCAUCUGCUGUGGCUACGGAUGCAGAGGCGGCUCCUGCAGCCUGGGCGCCUGGAGAGGAGCCGGACUUUCGGGACCAGAGUGGCUGCCUUGAGGACUGCGCUGCAGUUGCCGCAGUGGCUCCAGAUGGUGGCAAUUGUUCUGUCGCCACUGAGCAGCUAGGUGGAGCGGAAGCGGUGCAGCCGUGGCGGGCGCCUGCGGGAGUGCAAGAUGUUUGCAACAUGAUAACUCCGCACCGCCACUACGACGUGUUGUCACGUUUGUUGUUUAUCUACGCCAAAGUCAAUGCCGGCCUGUGCUACGUCCAGGGCAUGAACGAAAUCCUGGCCCCUAUUUAUUACGCUUUAAUGACUGACCCUACCUACACAGACUACGAACAGGCAGAGGCGGAGAUCUUUUACUGUUUCAGCGAAGUCAUGCAGCAACAACGCGACGCCUUCUGCAAAGCCCUCGACCCCACAGAUGCCGGCGUGCGGGGUCGUCUGUCAAGCUUAGACGGUCUUCUGAGGCAGAAGGAUGAAGAAGUAUGGAUGCAUCUCAACGCAGUUGGUGUGGAGCCGCAGUUCUAUGCCUUGCGGUGGCUGCUGCUGAUGCUGACGCAAGAGUUUGAGAUGCCGGACGUGCUGGCUCUGUGGGACGGUCUCAUAGCAGACACGGGACGGCCUUUGCCGUUACUGUAUUAUGUUUGUGUUGCGAUUAUCAUUUGGCUGAGGCCGGCCCUCUUGGCUGGCGACUUCACAGCCUGCAUGAAGUUGCUGCAGCAUCUUCCCUCCUUUGACCCGAAGGCUUUGCUGAGCUGCGCCAUGCGGCUACGCGCCGAUGACGUAGAUGGGAACCUAUCCCCGGCUAGGCCGGUGCCAGUAGGGGGUCGCAGGAGGCGGGAGGGUCUGGAGGAACUGGACCCCCUGCAGCAGGUGUCCGACUCUCUAUUUAAGCCUAUUUCACGGGCUAUCGCAGCACUGAGCUUGAAUGACGGUCAGGGUGCUGUGCCCAACGAGGCCGUACGACUGGGAGGAGGAGUAGCAGAGGCCGUUGGGGAAAGAAACUGGACGAAGGGCAUUUUUUUGUCUCCUUCCCUGCGGGGGGAGGGAAGUGUGCAUCGGGGAGAGGGUGGCGACGGCGCAGAUGCACCUCUCGGACACCUCAAACGAUUGGCGGGGGCCGGCGUGGAGCACGCCUGCAGAGGAGCCAGCGUCGUUUCCCAGUACUUGAACAACUCCGGGUUGGCCUCGGGGCUUGCGUCCAACAUCACUUCCUUCUUCGGGGGGGAAAGCACCUCGAGCAGCGCAGUAUCGCCCCCAGAGGCGACAGAGACUUCAGCAGCAGACGAACGCCCUCGCCAGUCGGCUGCAGCAAAAUUUGGUGAAUUCUUGGCAGCGGCACAAAAUGGACUGUCUUCAGGGAUCACGGGGGCCACUAGUUCUCGUAUGGGACAAGAGAAAGCCCCAGAAACAUCUCCAGCGCCAGACACAGAUGAUACUCUGGGGAGAGCCCCUCAGCUGAUUGAAUGCCCGUUCUCUCCUGUUGAAGAAGCUGUCAGUGAGGCGCUCGAGCGGCUACCACUGGAGGAGGACAGCUCUUUGCGGGACAUUUCUCCAAGGCAGCGAAAACUCUGGGACACCGACUCAACGGAGGGUUUGGGGGGAAUAAUAGGGGACGCUGACAGCAUAACAGACAGUCCACGAGGCGAUUCCGACAAACGCUCUUUUAAGUCCCCUGAGGGAGAGGGGUUGAGGAUUACAAUACUUUGA